AUGUCAGCUUAUGGACAUCUAGCUGGAGAUCGCAUCGAAUGCUUCAGCCUUGCGGUGGAAUUGAAGAAAGAAGAAGUUUACGAUGAGUAUGGAGCUAAACAUUUUCGAGUUGGAUUCAAAAUUGGUGGAGGAAUCGAUCAGGAUCCGUUAAUGGCUCCUUUCCAAUAUCCUGACACGGGCAUAUACAUAACCCAUAUUGAAGCCAAUUCUCCAGCGGAACGAGCUGGCUUGCAACAACAUGAUAAAGUUCUGAGGGUGAAUGGAAUUGAUUUCACCAUGCUCACACAUCACCAUGCAGUCAAGUACAUAAUGAAGUUCGAAGUAUUAAACAUGUUAAUCGCUCGAUCAGAUAUUCCCCCUCUACGGUAA